AUGUACUCCUCCCACCCUCAAGUGAGUGUUACGGAUGCUGUGUCGAGUCCCCCUCCUGCUGUGGGGUCCCCCAACCCUGCUGUGUCAGUCCCCUUGCUGUGUCGAGUCCCCCAACCCUCCUGCUGUGUCGAGUCCCCCCUUCAUGUGUCGGGUCCCCUUGCUGUGUCGAGUCCCAUCCCCUUGCUGUGUCGAGUCCCCCCCUUGCUGUGUCGAGGUCCCCCCUUGCUGUGUCGAGCCCCCCUUGCUGUGUCGAGUCCCCCUCCUGCUGUGUCGAGUCCCCCUGCUGUGUCGAGUCCCCCUGCUGUGUCGAGUACCCCCUCCCCUGCUGUGUGGGUCCCCUCCUGCUGUGUCGAGUCCCCCCUCCUGCUGUGUCGAGUCCCCCUCCUGCUGUGUCGAGUCCCCCUGCUGUGUCGAGCCCGUCCGUCCCCUGCUGUCGAGUCUCCCCCUGCUGUGUCGAGUCCCCCUGCUGUGUCGAGUCCCCCCUGCUGUGUCGAGUCCCCCUGCUGUCUCGAGUCCCCCUGCUGUCUCGAGUCCCCCUGCUGUGUCGAGUCCCCCCUGCUGUCUCGAGUCCCCUGCUGUGUCGAGUCCCCCCUGCUGUGUCGAGUCCCCCCUGCUGUCUCGAGUCCCCCCCUGCUGUGUCGAGCCUGUCCGUCCCUGCUGUGUCGAGUCCCCCUGCUGUGUCGAGUCCCCCUGCUGUGUCGAGUCCCCCUGCUGUGUCGAGUCCCCCUGCUGUGUCGAGUCCGUCCGUCCCCUGCUGUGUCGAGCCCCCCCUGCUGUGUCGAGUCCCCCCUGCUGUGUCGAGUCCCCCUGCUGUCUCGAGUCCCCCUGCUGUCUCGAGUCCCCCCUGUGUCGAGUCCCCCUGCUGUCCCCGAGUCCCCCUGCUGUGUCGAGUCCCCCUGCUGUCUCGAGUCUCCCCCUGCUGUCUCGAGGUCCCCCCUGCUGUGUCGAGUCCCCUGCUUUGUCGAGUGCCCCCUGCUGUGUCGAGUCCCCCCUUGCUGUGUCGAGUCCCCCCCUGCUGUCUCGAGGUCCCCGUGCUGUCUCAGUCCCCUGCUGUGUCGAGUCCCCCCCUGCUGUGUCGAGUCCCCUUCCUGCUGUGUCGAGUCCCCCUCCUGCUGUGUCGAGUUCCCCCUGCUGUGUCGAGUCCCCCCUGUGCUGUGUCGAGUCCCCCUCCCCCUGCUGUGUCGAGUCCCCCUCCCCCUGCUGUGUCGAGUCCCCCCUCCCCUGCUGUGUCGAGUCCUCCUGCUGUGUCGAGUCCCCCUCCCCUGCUGUGUCGGGUCCCCCCUGCUGUGUCGAGUCCCCCUGCUGUGUCGAGUCCCCCUGCUGUGUGGAGACCCCCUGCUGUGUCGAGUUCCCCCCUGCUGUGUCGGGUCCCCCUGCUGUGUCGAGUCCCCCCCCUGCUGUGUCGAGUCCCCCUGCUGUGUCGAGUCCCCUGCUGUGUCGAGUCCCCCUGCUGUGUCGAGUCCCUGCUGUGUCGAGUCCCCCCCCUGCUGUGUCGAGUCCCCCUGCUGUGUCGAGUCCCCCCUGCUGUGUCGAGGAAUCUCCCCUGCUGUCUCGAAGUCCCCCUGCUGUGUCGAGUCCCCCUGCUGUCUCGAGUCCCCCCCUGCUGUCUCAAGUCCCCCUGCUGUGUCGAGUCCGUCCGUCCCCUGCUGUGUCGAGUCCCCCCCCUGUGUCGAGUCACCCCCUUGCUGUGUCGAGUCCCCCCUGCUGUGUCGAGCCCCCCUGCCGUGUCGAGUCCCCCCCGCCGUGUCGUCUACUGUAUGA